CAAAGAGUGCAAUAGCAAAUCGUGCUCGCGGUAGUCGGAAAAUUUCUGUAUAGCGAUGGGAAGCGAUCAGGCUACGAAAUCUGAGGAAUGGGAAAAUAAUGAAGACAUUAAGAUAUUUCGGGAGUAUCUUAAAAUCCCGUCAGUACAUCCAAAUAUAAAUUAUGAUGAUUGUGUAGAGUUUCUAAAACGCCAAGCUGCUGUGUUGGACCUACCAAUACAAAUUGUUGAGGUUAAUCCAGGAAAACCGAUUGUCAUCAUCUCGUGGAAAGGUACGAAUCCUGCUGAGAAAUCUAUAUUUUUGAAUUCCCAUAUGGACGUGGUACCGGUUUAUCCGGAAAAAUGGACUAUUCCUCCGUUUUCUGCACAUAUUGAUGAACAAGGCAGAAUCUACGCUAGGGGAUCACAGGAUAUGAAAUGUGUGGGAAUUCAGUUUUUGGGCGUAAUUCGUGCGCUGAAACUUGAAGGACGCAGAUUGAAGAGAACACUUCACGUUGUAUUUGUACCGGAUGAAGAAAUCGGUGGAAUCCUUGGGAUGAAGGAUUUUGUGAAGACGGAUCAUUUCAAGGCAUUGAAUUGCGGAUUUGGCAUUGAUGAGGGAUAUGCUUCAGAAAAUGAAACAUUCAGACUAACCUACGGUGAACGUACGAUGAGACCUGUACAUUUCUUCAUAUCAGGAACAGCUGGUCAUGGAUCUCUACUAUUAAACGGCACAGCUGGCGAAAAAGCACGAUACUUAAUAGACAAAAUGAUAGAUUUUCGUCAGCAAGAAGAACAACGACUAGAAAACAAUCCCGAACUGACCCUCGGAGAUGUAACUACUAUUAAUCUAACAAUGAUGUCGGGUGGAGUACAAAGCAAUGUUGUUCCUCCGGAGUUAAAACUCUGCUUUGAUAUACGCGUAGCGCACAAUAUUGCAUUGGAUGAAUUUGAGUGCCUGUUGGAGAAAUGGUGCGAAGAAUCAGGUGGGGGAAUAAGAAUCGAGUACGGUGAAAAAUACCCAUAUAUCGAGCCAACGAAGCUGGAUGAGUCAAACAAAUAUUGGACCGCUUGCAAAGAAGCAUUUCUUGAUAUGGAUUUGAAAGUGCGGCUAGAGAUCAUGCCAGGGGCUACUGAUAUUCGAUAUUUAAGAGAGUUGAAUAUUCCUGCCAUUGGAUUCUCUCCUAUGAAUAACACACCAGUGUUGUUGCAUGAUCACGAUGAAUAUCUGCAGGCUGAUGUAUUUCUUAAGGGUAUUGAAAUUUAUAAAAACGUUAUAAGCGCUGUUGCAAAUGUCUAGUAGUACAUAUAUCAAAUAAUUUAAAGCUUAAUAAACACAGGUAAAAUAAACAGAACCG